AUGGUGCCGCCGCCGCCGCCGCCGCCGCCGCCGAUCUCCGGCUCCGCUCCGGCCGCGGCUCCGGCUCGGGCCGCGCUGCUAUGGGGCGAGGCGCACCCAACUGGCCGCUCCCUCAGCUGCCCCGGGAGCCGGAACCGGGACCGACACCCACCGUGCAGGCGGAAGGAGCUGAGCCACCCCUUACCCUGGCGAGUCUCCGUCCCUGCUCCCCCAGGGGCUACCCCGAGCCUCCGCCUUCGGGGCGCUCAGUCCUUGGAAGUCAAGGCGGGCCCCAGCCAGAGCUGGUUAGAAGUGGCCCACAGCCCCCACCCCAUCAUCUCCCCAGACCAGCGCCCUGGCCACCAGCGCCGUUGGAACGCGAGCGGGAGCCUGAGACGCCCAGACCAGCGGCGCCCUCGCAGGGCCCGCCGGAGCCCAAGCGGCUUCCGGCCCGAGGGAAACAGUGAUCUCGAGGAGAAAACCUGGCGCUCGCAUCCUCGCGCCUCCGAGAGUGGUCCCUGCCUUUCCUGCCUGUACGUUCUCUACAGCCUCCUGUGAGUUGUUGUACCCUCCGCAAAA